AUGAGUAACAGCCACACGGGAGCAGAAAACGCCCAUUCCUGGAUUACGUUGACAAGGGAGGCAACUCUUUACGAAGCUGAAAAAGAGAAACAUGAUUUGCUGGUUUUCAUGAGAAUGUUUGGCAAAGAUGUCAUGGUCAACAAGCUUAACGAACACCCAGCAAGCUUAAUGAAAAAGCUUGGCAAGCCUAGAGAGUCUCUAUUUAAGAGUAUGCAAUUUAUUGACAGCGAAGUCACUGUACCAACUUGCGCAGGGCUCCCAUUAAAUCUGACCGUCACAACAACCGGUGGCUUGGACUACGAGGCAAAAACUGAGUUCGACAAUGGAAACUUCAUAUUUAAGUUCAAACUACAUGCAGAGUUACAGGGCAGAGUUCGCAUGUCUACGAAUGCUCACUUGAUCAAUAGUGGCUUGCAAAUGAGGACCACUGUCCGCACCUCAAGUGAUAUCCAAGCUGUAAAGGAAGGAGAGAAAAUGACCAUAAAACUGCCGAAGAAUGCCGAAUUGUUCACAUUAGAGAGUGAGUUUGACACAAUCCUUGACGGGAAGACGGAGCCGCAACAGUUAAUCACUGAUGAUAUCCGUCAAAUAAAUGUCUGUUCUGGAGAAACCAUGAAGUCCGUGACAGGAUUGAGACUCUGCCAGAAAAUUCGGUAUGUCAAUGCUACGAAUCAGAAAAAUGCACCACAUUUCCCCUUCACUGGACCCAUGAAAGCUAACUUGUAUAUGAAGAGUGAAGAUGUACCAAACGGUUAUGAGCUAGAAGUUUACUUUGGGAGACAAGAUUUUCGGUUCUCCAUAGACACUCCAGGCUCAAAGACCUCCAGGAAAACCGCAGUCGAGAAGAAGGGUGACAAGUUUUCUCUUUCGACCCCAUUCAGGAAGACAAAAGUGGAAGGGACUCUCACCAACAGUCCUUCAAAGAAAGUACUUGAAGGGCACGUCUCAAGUGACAACAAAAUGCAUAAACUGCUUGCUCAACUCGAAAUGAAAUACACAAAGAGUUUUCUCCUGUUUGCACCGAAAAUUGAAUUGAUCUCCAAAUCCAACGGUGUCGAUACGCGAGCAUCAGCGCAUCUUGAAAUUGUGCCCAGAAAGAGAUUCGACUUCAAUUCUUCAUACAUUGGACAUAUGGGUCCAGUCUUUGUGAAAGUCUCUGGCCAAAACCUGAAAAAAGCCAUGGGAGUCGUGUCUGUAAUAAAAACAGACAAAACUGACUAUUCUGCCAUUUUACGGAUUAACAAUACUCCCAAGAAGUCUGGUGGCAAAUACGAUUCUUCCUUAACUUUGAAAGAAAAGGAUAUAGUCAAAUUUGAUGCCAAAUCAGAACUGAACCACGAUGGAAAGAGCAAAGUAGCCAUGACGUUUAAGAUUGACAAAGCCUUCUCCAAACCAAUUCUUGCCUCUUUCAUAGCAGCUCUGAACACUGGUAAGAACAAAAACAAACAACUCCUUAAAACGAAUCUCAAAUCGGAAUGGAUCAACUACAAGCUGAACAUGGAUGUUGAACGUAGAUCGGCUGGUAUAUAUAUGCGUGGGCUUGCCUCUUAUUUAUCUUCGAUCAAAAAUUUCAGAGGCAAUGACCAACUUCUAUUCACAUUAAAGUCACGAACUUCCGGAUACAAAAAAACUAAAAUUCGGAAUGCAAUUAUAGGCUUAUCAAGUAAGAAUCAUAAAGAGAGAAACUUCAAUGUGAAGGGUAAACUGACCCAAACUACAGGACAUUCUGAUGUUAGCUUUGACGUGGUCUAUGGAGAACCAAGCAAGAAAGCAAUCAACACAGUGAAAGUUAACUUAGCUUUUAGCCACAGCAUAAAACCCAUUGCACGGGAGGUCACCUUUCAUGGGUCAGUUAAAAGACCCAAAAAGGUCAACUUACAAAUAAACGGUACAGCUUUCUACACCCACAUCUGGCCACUGAGGAAGGUAGACGUUGCCCUUUCAAUGUGGGGUUUUGAUAAUAAGCAGACAGAAAACAAAGUUCGUGUGUUCUUUAGCAACGGCAGAGUUAAAGGUAGUCGCAAUAUUGAAGCAAAUGUUUCUCUGGAUACUCCGCAGAAAGACAUGGGAAUAGAUGUAAAAAUUGAACACCUUGUCAGCAACAUUUACAAACAUAACGUUUUUGUGAAAUGGCAGAAAGGAAAAAGCGCCGGUGUGGACAGUUUGAUGAAAAUUACCUCUCAGGACUUCCAGCUGGAAAACACUGUUAAUUUUCCCAACAACAAAAAUGCUAAACUGAUGGUCAAUGUCAAUAAGAAUAACAACAAUUAUAAAGGUUUUUCUAUGAUUCAUGCUGACCAAGGCAUCAUAAGCAAGCAAAGUAUUGAUUUGAAAGCUAAAUCUAAUGUAAAAUAUAUCAAGAGCGGAGGGAAUACACAUGGAGAGGUGAAUUUGGAAUUAGAAUCAGAUGCAUCCAAUAAGCUCAAGUUUACAGCAAGCCAUCAUGAUACCAAUGGGCAAAAAACAACCACCAAAAUAGACAUGACAACACCAUUUGAAGCUCUUAAAAGUUACUCUGACAGUAUUGAACAAACAGUCGAUAAUAAAGAAUUAUCUUAUAGCAGAAAAAUACAAUGGAGGAGCUACGGAAAUGAAAAUGAUAUUAAAGCUGACGUGAAUUACAACAAAGCAAUCCAAAAACUUAAUGGCACUUAUUCCUCAUCAAUAAACACCUACAAAACUGAUGUGGAACUGGGGUUUAAAAAUAGCGCAAACAAGAAAAGUGCCCUGUUCAAAGUGAAACACAACAAACCAACCCCUCUUGUUUUUAUAAAAAUGGAUCAUGCUAGAGAUAGACGUCAAGUAACAACAGAUGCUAGUCUUAUGUUUGAUAUGUCUAAUUCUAAUGGAAAAGUCAAGUUUGCCAUGCAGAAGGAUGACAGAGAAAUUGCUUUUAGUGGCGAUGCCAAUGUUAAAAUUUCCAAUAAAAAACUUGAAGGUACAUAUUCUUUGAAACAUAACAUUGCUGAAUCUUCAGUUAAGCUUGAUUUCCGUAAUAAUAAAAACCAAGGCGCAAUAUCAGCUGUUGUUACCAAGAACAAGCCAGGAAAUAUGAAAGCUGAUGUCUCUGUGACACUUAACAACAAACCACAACUGAAGCUGGUUGGCAACUCCGUCUGGUCGAAAAAGAACAUAGAUUUGAGUGCAGAAGUGACUGAUCAUAAGGAUAGAAAGACCACUGGCUCCUUUAACCUCAAUCUGUCUGGUACAAGGAAGACAGCCAAUGCUGAAAUUAAGUCCGAUUCAACUGAUAUCACACUUAGUGGAGCUCUUAAUAUCCAAAAUAAUGCCAACAUUGAUAGCGAAUUGCAAAUUGGAGUUAAUGGAAAGAACCUGUUGUUGUCUGGAGACUAUAAGAAAGAAUCGGCUAAUCAUAGAAUUAAUGCUAAUAUCGGACUUCCUGACGGCAAACAAAUUCAGAUGCAAACUUCUUUCAGCAACGCUGCGAAGAAAUCAUUAUCUUUCAAUGUAAAGAGUGAAGAUUUUAUUGACGUGGAUUUUUCUACUCAGCUAGACAAUGUGAACUUUAUGGUAGACGCAUCGGUCGAAGUGUUGCCAUAUCUGGAAAAAACACAUCUGAAAGCCACUUUGGCCAAAGAUAAAACGUGGGAGGCUUCAGCUGAACUGGAAACACCGUAUGACCCUAUAAAACAGGCGAAAGUAACUGUGUCGUUGGUAAUUGAUGGAAAAAAACAAGACAUGAUCAGCGUUAAAACCUUUCUGAACUCCAAGAAAUUCUCUAGUUUCAAGCUCCUUACCAAUAUUAAAGGUUUAAACAAUUUCAGUGUGAAGACAAUUGUUACCACACCACACUCGAAGUUCAAUGAGUUCUUGUUUGAUAUCGCACACAGCACUGACUUGAGGAAUUUUGAUUCUAAAGUAGAGAUGAAGGCAGGUAAAAUAUUCAUGAUUAAGUCCACUUUGAAGAAUGAACAACAUAACACAGAUAUUGACUUCAAUAUGAAUAUGGGUGGUAAGACCCUGGGUGGUAAGUUUGUUAGAAAUAAGUCAGACAUGACAUUCGACAUGUCCUACAAAAGAGGACAGGAUAUGUAUACAACUCAUUUGAUGACCAAUGGCAAGCAAGGCAAUUUAGAACUCACAGCUCCAGGAGAUAGGAAAUUUAAUGCUAAUAUGGACUUCAGUCCAAGUGAUGUUAAGUUGAAUUUGGAAACUUCCCUGCAAUUAGACACAAAUAAUUACAAAUUCGUUGUCGCUUAUGAACACAAGGCCAAAUUUCACUUGCUAUUUUCCAUUCCAUCCUACACCAGUGAGGUGAUGAUGACCUUUUCAGGUACUUUGGAAUCAUUCGACUCCCAAGCUGAUUUCACUUUCAACAACGACAAAUACACAUUCACUAUGGCCAACAAAGAUAAAAUGUUUGCAGCCACUGUCACAACUCCUUUGAUAAAAUCAAAAAUGGACUUAACAAAGAACGGAGGUUGGGACAUGAUGACAAUGAACUUUGAAGCCAAAUAUAAAAACAUUGAUAAGCCAAUAAUUCUUUCCCUAGAAAAAGACCAUAAAAAGAUUAAUUUUGAUCUUAGUGCUCCAGCAUUUGAAAUUCAGUUCCAAAUGGAUAACAAAAUUAAUAGUGUAGUGGUGAAUCUUUCACUUAAAAGCAUCAAGUUUGAACUGGUCUAUUCUGACAAGGACGCCAAACCAAAGAGUUUAUCUUUGAACUUGUCCAUACCAAAACACAAUUUUGUUACAAAGAUCAAUUUUGAUGAGAAGAAAAGUGGCAUGGAUGGAAACAUUGUUACCACUUACAACGGGAAGAAACUUAAUCUGAAUGGUUCCUAUAAAACUAUGGAUCAAAAGAAGAUUUUCAAUGGAAAGAUAGAGACUCCAACCAACACUUAUGACAUAACAGGUACACUUUCUGGCAAAAUGAAGAAGUUCAAAAUUACAGCCAAACUACAGCAUAACAAGAAUGUCUAUGAAAUAACAAUGUCUAACAAGGCUUUUAAGACAUUAAACCUGAACUUGUUAGCACCAGGUUUCAAACUGAAGAUGGACUUUGAAGGAGAACUGCAGAAAUUUAAGUAUUUCACUAGUAUGAACUUUGGCGAAAAGCAACUCAAAGGUUCGAUUUCCAACCAAAACUAUUGGAAUGGUAUCAACGUUGACAUUACAGUUAAAUUGUCAAAUUAUGAAAUGAAAUACGAAUUUGACAGUGACAUGGGAAAAAUGCAUCUCAGCACCCAGUUACUAUGGAAUCAGGAUCAAUACUCAUUUAGUUCAACUGUAAACACUGAUACUCAUACUUACGCCUUGUCUGUCUUAUCGCCAUGGUUCACUUUGAAGACAAAUAUCAUGAAUGGUUUCCAAUCAUCCAACAUGGAAACCAAGGUGAUGCUUAGCCACGGCACUUAUGAUUUAGCUGUUUCACAGAAUGGCCAAAGCUUAAAUAUCACCGCCACUGGACUGGGUAAGCAAAGACUUAACAUCCAACUGAGUAAGACAUCUGUCAUUUUGCGUUUCCAGAAUGAAGAUGACAUCCAUGAAUAUCAUCUAACUUGGACCAAGGACGGAUUUUCAGUUAACUAUUCUUUCCCAGUGAACAAAGGUGAAGUGAAAGCAAAAUUUAAUAGCUACAAGGAUUUCACUGUCAAUGCCCAGCUACUUAACAAGAGAAACACUUACAAACUGGAAGCCACAAAUAACAAAAACAAAGAAAUUAAAUUCCAUACAACCAUACCUUAUGGUAAAGAGCUUCUCCUCCUCUUUGAAAAUACCGGCAAUUCGAGAAAUGGUAAAAUCCGAGCAACAAUUAAGUAUGGUGAAUACUAUGGUGAGUAUAAUGCCAGAUGGCAAAGUGAUGACAGCAAUGUUUCACUUCAAAUGGGAUUAAAUCUUGAUUCAAAGACGACAAAAGCCACCAUAAGUUUUAAACGAGCAUUUGAGCCUAAUAUGGAAAUACUUUUCCACUCACUCGAAGUCACUAUUAACAACAGGAAGAGCUCGAUCAAAUCGACUGUCAAUAUGUCGAAUGGUUGGAAUGGUUCCAUUGUCCUUAAUGAUCCUUACACUGGUCGCGCUGUGCUGAGGUUCAAGGUGAAGCCAACGGAUAUGCGCAAUAUUAAAUCGAACGUGAUGCUCGACCAUUAUCUGACAGGAAAUGUCUCCGUUAACUAUGAACAUACCUUGACAAAAACCUCUUUCAUGAGCAAAGGUGACCUCGAAAUGGAAAAUGUCAAAUUUGGAAAGUAUGAAAUGGAAGUAAACUUUCAAGAUAAGGACUAUAAUAUCAAGGCAGAUAUUAAAAAUGGAAAAUAUAAUAUCAACUGUAAAGGAUCGUUUAAAGAUGGCCGGAAGAGUAUCAGCAUUCAGGUGAAAACUCCAUUCAGAUAUUUUAGAGAUGUGACUUAUGGAGCUGAAUUUCACUCAAAGGGAAUGCUAAAAUUUAGUAUCACCCUCCCCAGACAGUUCUAUGCAGCCAAGAUGGACUGGAAAAAUGGCGGUCUUACUACCGAUAUUGACUUACACAUGGACCGAAAGGACGUAUCUAAGCAAUUUAAGGUUGUCGUGUCAUACAUGAAUGCCGAUGACAGAGCUACUGUCUCCAGGGCGACCAACGUCAAACUGAUCCAUGGCAAUACUGUUUUGACUACAGAUAUCAACUUGAAGAAGUCACGUGACAUGUAUAUGAUUAAGGGAGAGUUUAGUUGGGGAGAAGAGGAUGACCAGAAAAUUGGUGCUGAACUCCAUAUAAAGACAGCUGAGAAGAAGGAAAUGUCCCUCACUUUGAUGUCACAUCAUCGUAACUCUGUCAUAACAUGCAGUCGCGAAUCUGGUCGGGACCGGCACAACAUCAUGUGUGCACUGACCCCAGAUGCUAGCAAGAAGAAUAACAAGAUUGAAAUCGAUGCUGAUAUAUUCAAUUACGACAAUAAAAAGAUAUUUGACAUCAACAUCAAAUUACCCAAUCAGAAAAAUAGCAUGAAACUGAAAAUCGUUACAAAUGGACCUAAUGAGAACACUAUAUUCAGCAUCCGCACACAGCUUAGUAUUGGCGAAGAUGCUACUAACAUAAUGGUUAUGGAAACAAAGCUGAGCAACAACAAUGGUAAUUACACACUCAACUGGAUGUUUGAACAUCCAUACUCAAACUUACAUUUGGAGAUUAUGGCCUUCGCCAACGCACAGCGGUAUAAAUACAACACUGGAGUAGAACUGAGCUAUUUGACUUCCAAUCGCAAAAUGGAGAACCUCAUGUUGCGUGGAGAUAUCGACAAACACAGAGGUGAAAUGAACAUUGAGAUGAAGUUACCCAAGAAACAUCUGCAAAUUUCAGGCUCUGUUGCCAGUGGCGACCAAUUCGCAGUAACUUUCAAUAAAAAGGAAAAUGGUAUGAAAGACAUGCACGCUUCAGCAACAAUCAACCGUGAUACCAAGUAUAUGCUCUUCGAGAUGAACUACGACCGAAAUGACCCUAACAAGGUGUUCCGCAUGAAAGGACAAGUGAUGAAGAAUAGGGCAAUAAUGAAGGCAUUUACAAAUGCAGGACAAAAGGUUAACAAAGAGGGAAGGAUAAACAUUGAGCUUAGGCCCUCAAGUAUUCUGCUCACCCAGAUUUUCUGGAACCCCGACAUCGCCAAUGAACUGAACGAUUAUUGUUAUGCUGUGCUGCAGCACUACGGCAAUGAGAUUAAGUCACUUGGUGACGGAUUAGGUGAAUUCCUGUCUGAGGAGAUACCAGAGAAGGUUAAACUGAUGAAGAAGGCCUUCAGUGAACCCCUGGAUAUUAUGACCAGCUUCAUGUCUGCGGAGUAUGACCACUUCUCAAAAGACAUUGCCAAACAUGCCAAGCAAAUUGGUGAAUUCUAUGAAAGAAAUACUUUCUACGUAAAGUCCGCAGUGGAACUUUGGGACUCGAUGUGGGUCAGUUACCAAAGAGAUAUUGAGAACUUAUGGAGAUAUUUUCAGCACUUCAACAGGAGGAUGCAGAACAUGAUGGAAGAAGCUGCAAUGCACAUUGAAUAUUACUACAUGCAAGCUCAACGCGAGUACCAGAUUAAAGAGAUGGAGAUGUCAAGGGCACUUGAUGAAAUCCUUCACUACAUCCGAGAGCAGUACAACAAUGGCUACAGACAUUUGCAAGUUCUUCACCGAGAAAUCCAGAUACACAUCAACAGGUUCCCAGUCAUGAUGAAACGUGCACGCCGCCAAAUGAGAGAGCAUCCUAUUGGCAAAACAGUCCUGGAGAACGGCGAAAGGAUCUUCAACGCAGUCUACCAACAUGUGUCAACUCAUCCUUGGGCAGAUUCUGUAAGAGAUAUUGGAUCAAAGGUCUAUCAUCAGGCCAAGUGGGCUUUCGAUUAUUGGCAAGUGGAAGAAAACCUGUACAGCCUGAAAGAUAAUGUUGUCAAAUACAUAAGAAAGGAACUGAACACCUUGGCUGAUAUCUUCGACAAUCUUAACUUGAAGACCUUGAUAUUUGAUCCGAAGAAUGGUGAAAUAGUUGUAGAAUUCCACUACAAAUCGUUGUUGUCCGCAUACAAAUAUGCAAGAUCGAUCAAUCAGGUUUUGAAAAGCAUCACCCAUGUUGUAAAGAAGUGUGUCGACAUGUUGCCAACUUCGUGGUGGAGUAUAAGCGACGUUUACUACACUCUGAAACCUUACACCAGCCUACGCAACUGGCUUCCUCCAUAUGAAGCCCGAGCAUCUAUGUUUGCUAGUCACAUUCGGACAUUUGAUGGUCGUCAUUUUGACUUCAAGGGGAUCUGCAGUUACAUUUUGGCUUAUUCAGAAAGUAACUUCGAAGUGAUUGCCAAUUACUCACCAAAAAAGAACCAACCUACACUUCUGUCGGUUAACAUUAAAAUUGGAGAGAAUGAUAAUCUUCGCUUCCUUAAAGAUUACAGGGUUAUACACAACGGACGUGUAGCUGAGCUUCCAUUUAAUACUAGAGACGCAAAAAUCUUCCGUACCAACAACAUCGUCACUUUAUUAGGCAACAGUGGCUACACCAUUGAAAUCAAUCCAUCUUCUGGAUUCUAUGCUGUAAGCGUGAGCGGCUGGUACUUCAACAGGGUGUCCGGUCUCUUUGGCACAAACAACAACGAACAAUAUGAUGAUAUGCGCACAAACACCGGACAACUCGCCUCUGAUUUAGAAGACUUUACCCUCUCUUGGAUAACCACUCUCAAAUGUCGUUCCGAAAACCAAGCUGAAAGGCACAAUGUUCCAAACAGCCACAUGUGUAGCGUUUUUUAUAAGGAUACAUCAUCUCCCUUCAGAAACUGUUUCAAACAGGUAAAUCCUGAACACUUCUACGCAGUCUGUAACAGCUACAGUUACGCCAUGGGAGAAGGAAGGAAGGUUGUGUGUGACUUGGCCGAUUAUUACAGCAAUGCAUGCAUCUUUAGAGGAGUAUACCUUAACAAAUUACCAUCAUGCAGAUGGAUUGGCAAAAAGAAGUAAAAAAAACGCACACCCCUAUAUUAGAAUUUUUGAGGAAAUGGAAUAAAUUAAUUAUUUGAACAAAUUGAAAAUAAAAUGUAAAACUUGAAA